GCUCCCCUCCUCCCGCUCAUUCACUCGCCCCUCUCCUUUCACUCUCUCCCCCUCUCUCCUUUCUUCUCCUUCUUUCACCCUCCGUCUCUCACACCCCCUCCAUUCCCCUGUCUCCUUUCUGACACUGCACUGCAGCUGCUCCUCAGCCCUGCCCCCUCCCCAGUGAGAACAAACCAGCAACAUUGCUUUUUUUUCCUAAAGAGAUUUCUAUUGAUCCGAUUAAAAAAAAAAAAAAAAAAAACCUUAAGAAACCCCAAACGCAAAAAAAAAGAAAAAAAGCCAAAACAAAAGGGAGAACCUUCUCCCCGUAGCAGCGGCAGGAACUGCAAACAUGAUGGCGGCAGCUCCCAUCCAGCAGAACGGGACCCACACUGGGGUUCCCAUAGACCUGGACCCGCCGGACUCGCGGAAAAGGCCGCUGGAAGCCCCCCCUGAAGCCGGCAGCACCAAGAGGACCAAUACGGGCGAAGACGGCCAGUAUUUUCUAAAGGUUCUCAUACCUAGUUAUGCUGCUGGAUCUAUAAUUGGGAAGGGAGGACAGACAAUUGUUCAGUUGCAAAAAGAAACUGGAGCCACCAUCAAGCUGUCUAAGUCCAAAGAUUUUUACCCAGGUACUACUGAACGAGUAUGCUUGAUCCAGGGAACAGUUGAAGCACUGAAUGCAGUUCAUGGAUUCAUUGCAGAAAAAAUUCGAGAAAUGCCCCAAAAUGUGGCCAAGACAGAACCAGUCAGCAUUCUACAACCCCAGACCACCGUUAAUCCAGAUCGCAUCAAACAAACAUUGCCAUCUUCCCCAACUACCACCAAGUCCUCUCCAUCUGACCCCAUGACCACCUCCAGAGCUAAUCAGGUAAAGAUUAUAGUUCCCAACAGCACAGCAGGUCUGAUAAUAGGGAAGGGAGGUGCUACUGUGAAGGCUAUAAUGGAGCAGUCAGGGGCUUGGGUGCAGCUUUCCCAGAAACCUGAUGGGAUCAACUUGCAAGAGAGGGUUGUCACUGUGAGUGGAGAACCUGAACAAAACCGAAAAGCUGUUGAACUUAUCAUCCAGAAGAUACAAGAGGAUCCACAGAGUGGCAGCUGUCUCAAUAUCAGUUAUGCCAAUGUUACAGGUCCAGUGGCAAAUUCCAAUCCAACCGGAUCUCCUUAUGCAAACACUGCUGAAGUGUUACCAACUGCUGCUGCUGCCGCAGGGCUAUUAGGACACGCUAACCUUGCUGGCGUUGCAGCCUUUCCAGCAGUUUUAUCUGGCUUCACAGGCAAUGACCUGGUGGCCAUCACCUCUGCACUUAAUACUUUAGCCAGCUACGGAUAUAAUCUCAACACAUUAGGUUUAGGUCUCAGCCAAGCAGCAGCAACAGGGGCCUUGGCUGCAGCAGCUGCCAGUGCCAACCCAGCAGCAGCAGCAGCCAAUUUGUUGGCCACCUAUGCCAGUGAAGCCUCAGCCAGUGGCAGCACAGCUGGUGGCACGGCGGGGACAUUUGCAUUAGGUAGCCUGGCUGCUGCUACUGCUGCAACCAAUGGAUAUUUUGGAGCUGCUUCUCCCCUAGCUGCCAGUGCCAUUCUAGGAACAGAAAAAUCCACAGAUGGAUCAAAGGAUGUAGUUGAAAUAGCAGUGCCAGAAAACUUAGUUGGUGCAAUACUUGGCAAAGGAGGGAAAACAUUAGUGGAAUACCAGGAGUUGACUGGUGCAAGGAUACAGAUCUCCAAAAAAGGAGAAUUCGUACCUGGCACAAGGAAUCGGAAGGUAACCAUUACUGGAACACCAGCUGCAACACAGGCUGCUCAGUAUUUAAUUACACAAAGGAUCACAUAUGAGCAAGGAGUGCGGGCUGCCAAUCCUCAGAAAGUGGGUUGAGUGCCCCAAUUAUACAUCAGAUUGUUUUAACCCCUCCUUUACCCCAUUUUCAAGAAGGAUGUACUGUACUUUGCAGAAGUGAAGUUUUUCUGUUAUUAAUAUAUAAUUAUGCAAAUGAAUGCGACUAUGUUGACAAUGUGUAUAUGUAAAUAAUAUGUGUUUUACCAGAUGUUUCAUAGAAAGAAUUUUUUCUUGAUCUGUUUUGUUCUCUAUACUUUGCUUGUGUAUAUUUGUCAGAGGUGUUUCUAGUGUAAGAUUUAAGCCUGCCAUUUUACCAGCAUUAUUGUAGUUUAAUGAUUGAAUGUAGACAGGGAUAUGCGUAUAGUUUUCAGUAUUAGUUCUAGAUAACACUAAAUUAACUACUGUUAGGUUGAGUAUGGUGGGGUCAGUGACCUAAAAUGGAGUGAGGCCAAAGCACUGUCAUGUAAGUCUUACUUCCUGCUUAGGGCACAGUGAAGUAGGAGACAAUAUUUUGAAAAUAAGUUUUAAAUUUAAAAUGAUCAAAAAGCAAUAUAGUUGCAUAAAAGCACUGUAAAAUAUUUAAAAGGUUAAAACUGUGGAAAAUUAUAUUGGUAAGUUUACAGAUCAAUAAAAGCACCUGUUCUCCAUCUGAACUAGACAAUGGAAAUAAUGCUGCAUGCUGGCCAUGGCCCAUUCUUCAUCAUUUGUAAGUUCAACAAAAGUUCUCACAUGGAGUCCCACCUCUUCAGAGGUUUGUACAUUUGUUUUUAAGCACUGAAUUCACUACUGAUCCCAUCGCCUGGCCAGUAGAACAGUCAUUACUCCAUUAACAUCCUCACUGUUUAGACACAUAACUGUGGUACAGUGUAUUGGAAAUUUUAUAAACAAAAGUGAAAGUGCCAACAAAUUAUUGAUAGCUGAUAAUGUUUCAUUAUCUGCAACUGCUUGAUAAGUAUGUUGCAUUUUAAGAGCUUAUAAUUGUGUAUAAUUUGUUAACACUAGAAACCUAUUAGUAUUGUGAAUGUAGAUUUUACUGUGAAGCUAUCUGUGAUUUAGCUGUUUGCUCCCAUGAUGGAGUCUUUGCAGCAUGGCGCUAGCAGCCAAUGCAGUUUCUAAUACUCGGUAAUUUGCAUGUUUUGUGGAGCAUUUUUAUGUCACCAACCAGACAGUAUUUCCUGCAUGCUUAUUUAGAAGAGGCAGUUUAUCUUGAGAGGUAGUGUGAUCUACCUUUGUCAGGCUUUUUGACAGGUCAUUUCAAAGUAAGCCUUUGUUCCCAAGACCCAACAACUGUCACCCUCUUCUGUACCUCUCCUGAGUGCCAACUGUCCAGGCCAUUUGACACACCAUCUGUUAACCUCUGAGUUUGCCCACUCAAGGCCACUCAUAGGGGCAUCCAUCCCCAAGCACCUCCUCAUGCUGUGCAUGCAGUCUUAAAUUCAAUGGACAAAAAUAAAAUGCUGGCUACCUCUGGAUCAUCUGGCUGAGCAACUGAAUUACAAAAGAGAAUUACUUCCAUCUCAACUUCAACCCAUUGAUUACGUCCAUCCUAGCAAGCUAAAUGGCAUCCCAGCUGCUCCUUUCUGUGCAACCAAUUAAAGAACAAUGAGUGUGAUGCUCCAUGUCUGAAUUUCGUCCAGCCUCUCUCUGAACUGUGAUCUUUGUCCUCAUGAACUUUCCCUUUUGUUCAUUGAACUAUAUGGACUCUUCAUUUCAUAUUGAUUUACUGUGCAAUUUACUUUUGGACAUUGAGAACUUGAAAUUAUUUCCUGAUCCCUUCCCCUUCCACUAUUAAUAAUUCAUUUCUGUCAAACUGUAAGAGUAGAUUCAUUUUUUUUUUUAGUUUUUAACAUUGGACUGUUAUUUCAUUUAGAGUUCUCUAUCUCUAAAUAUUUAUUUAGAGAAUGAUUUUAAAAGGGAAUGAUAUGCUUGUUUAAAUGAAAGAGAAAAGCUGUAGUAAACUGUGUUAAUUGGUAAUGACUAUUUAUCGUCGAUACUCUGUAGCUGUGUAAGUUUUGACAAAUAGUGUAUCUCGUGGAAUCAGUGGUUAGCAUUGCCGCUAUUAUAUUUACUCAUUUUAUCAUUAUAAAUGUGCUUAGUUCAUCAUGUAGCAUCACUUGUCUCCCGUCUCAUUUUUUCCUUGCAUGUCACAAGUCUCAGAUCAUUUAUAAUACAUUAACAGUAAAUAAUAUCUAUGUAAAUUUCUUUCACCAUGCUGUCUCAGAGUCAGCAGUGAACAAAGGCAAAGAUUGGGGCCCCACUUAGUUGAAAAAGAGAAAGGAAGUAAUCUAGGAUGUGUAUUAGAAGCAUUUCAAAUGUUGGGUCUUUAAAAUGUUUUGUUCAGUCUUAGCAAAUCUUCAACCUUUUAUUUCAAAAUUCCAGUAGUCCACUGUGGAGCCCAUGCAUUUCAUCUGGAAUUUAAUGUUACUUUGAAGCCAAACCAUUUAAACAAUUAUGUGUAUUUUAUUAGCUAGUAUUGCUGAAAAUGCACUCAGUUCAAUUUUAAUUGUAAAUGGGAAUUUUAAACUUUUGCUAGUUGGCAUGGUUAUAUGUUAGUUAAAUCUGAAAGCUAAAUUGAAGAUAUUUACAUUUUAAUUUAUGGUAACAGAUAAGGGUUUGUGUGCAUUAUGUGUAAAUCAGCUUCAUGCUGUCUAAAAACUUAUUCUCUGAAAUUUAUAGACCAUGUAGAAUUGAUUUGUGAUGUGAUGCUUUAAUUUACUGGAAGAAAAUUAGUAUGGCUUCAAACUGCCACAGGUAGGCAUGUAACAAUGGCUGUUCAGCUAUACUGAUCCAAAAUGGAGAAAACUGAUGAUACAAGGGCCAAACAUCUUAUGAAAUGCAACUAUUUAUAGACUUGUUUUGCUAUAGGGAGGCUGGUGAACAUGCUGAAUAUGAAUUACCUCAGUUCUGCAGCUUUCUAUGUCUUUUUAAUGCAUUCUGUUUCAGGGUCACUUUCAAUCAAUAUUUCAUUUACUUACUGAGAUUGAAUGGGCGCUCUGAGACACAGUGUGCUGUUUAUCAUACAGAUUGGACACCUCAUUCUAGAUCCAAGAUCUUUUCCUCAACACUGGGAGCUGUCCUUUCAGCACCACAAAAUUACUGCUUGAAGUUGCAUUGCAGUUUUUUUUUUCCUUUAUCACUGGGAGCUUUUCUUUCAGCACCACAACAUUGCACCUAGACUUUUUAAACGGCUGCCUUCCUCUUUGCACUGAAGACCAAUUUCGUCUGCACUUCCAGUUAUUGCUAUUACCUGUAGGACUUUCAAUCCUACUUCACCUCACCCACCCCACUCCUGAAACAGUUAAAUGUAUCUAUUUCUGUGGAAGUCAUUUUCUCAUUGAAUGAUCAGAAACAAAGAUAAAUUCUAACCUGUAACGGCUCAUUUCGACUCAUUGCUUACAAUGAUCUAAGCUCUUUUUUCUGCUUUUUCGACUCCUUCCAGCUUCCCAUCACAUCUGUAACAAACUUUUAAAAUUAUAUUGCCACACCACCAUGCACAGCCUACCUGCACAGUAGAGAUAGAUUAUUCCAUCGUAUUCAGAUGGUUAACAGAGGUUAGCAAGUCCUGUAUUAUAUAUUUAUAUCGCUUUCUAAGAAAGUGCAUAUUAAUGUUUACUUUAAGAAUGUGUAAAUGGUGCUAUCAAGAAUCUGAUAAAUUUUAUCCCAGUUUUUUGUGUACCACUUCUAAUGUAUGAGAUUUAUUUUUCUAUUGGAAAAAAAUAAACAGUAUGAAAGCA